AUGAAAGCUGUUAUACAGCGUGUUAUGAACGCAAAAGUUACUGUUAACGGCGAAGUAAUAAGCAGUAUUGGACAGGGAGCAUGCGUUUUUAUAGGAAUUUGUAAUAAUGAUAAUGAAAAAGAUAUGGAAAAAUUUGCUCGCAAAAUAUUAAGUAUUAAACUGUUUGACAAUGGAAAUGAUAAGAAGUGGAACAAAAGUAUUGUGGACAACGAUUUUGAACUUUUAUGUGUGAGCCAGUUCACAUUAUACAAUACAUGGAAGGGUAACAAACCUGAUUUCCAUAAUGCCAUGCCUGCAGAAAAAGCUAAGGAAUUCUACGACAAACUAAUUGAAAGAUUAAAACAAAUAUAUAAACCAGAGAAAAUAAAAGAUGGUGUAUUUGGUGCAUGUAUGCAAGUUGCAUUACAAAAUGAUGGACCUGUCACAUUAGAGUUGGAAAUAUCAUCACAAAAUUCAAAUGAAAAAGGGAACAAAAAAAUCCAAUCUAAUUCCUGCAAAACAAAUGAAGCUACAGAUAACUCAGAGAGUAAAAUAAAUGAUAUUAAAGAA